GGCCGUGUAGCCACUGCUGGUGGGCUGCUGGUGGCCAAGGCGAGAAUCGGGACCGAGGCCUUCUACACGGUUGCAGGCUGCGUGGGAGGCCGUGUAGCCACUGCUGGUGGGCUGCUGGUGGCCAAGGCGAGAAUCGGGACCGAGGCCUUCUGCACGGUUGCAGGCUGCGUGGGAGGCCGUGUAGCCACUGCUGGUGGGCUGCUGGUGGCCAAGGCAAGAAUCGGGACCGAGGCCUUCUGCACGGUUGCAGGCUGCGUGGGGGGCCGUGUAGCCACUGGUGGUGGGCUGCUGGUGGGCAAGGCGAGAAUCGGGACCGAGGCCUUCUGCACGGUUGCAGGCUGCGUGGGAGGCCGUGUAGCCACUGGUGGUGGGCUGCUGGUGGCCAAGGCGAGAAUCGGGACCGAGGCCUUCUGCACGGUUGCAGGCUGCGUGGGAGGCCGUGUAGCCACUGGUGGUGGGCUGCUGGUGGCCAAGGCGAGAAUCGGGACCGAGGCCUUCUGCACGGUUGCAGGCUCCGUGGGAGGCCGUGUAGCCACUGGUGGUGGGCUGCUGGUGGCCAAGGCGAGAAUCGGGACCGAGGCCUUCUGCACGGUUGCAGGCUGCGUGGGAGGCCGUGUAGCCACUGGUGGUGGGCUGCUGGUGGCCAAGGCGAGAAUCGGGACCGAGGCCUUCUGCACGGUUGCAGGCUGCGUGGGAGGCCGUGUAGCCACUGGUGGUGGGCUGCUGGUGGCCAAGGCGAGAAUCGGGACCGAGGCCUUCUGCACGGUUGCAGGCUGCGUGGGGGGCCGUGUAGCCACUGGUGGUGGGCUGCUGGUGGGCAAGGCGAGAAUCGGGACCGAGGCCUUCUGCACGGUUGCAGGCUGCGUGGGAGGCCGUGUAGCCACUGGUGGUGGGCUGCUGGUGGCCAAGGCGAGAAUCGGGACCGAGGCCUUCUGCACGGUUGCAGGCUGCGUGGGAGGCCGUGUAGCCACUGGUGGUGGGCUGCUGGUGGCCAAGGCGAGAAUCGGGACCGAGGCCUUCUGCACGGUUGCAGGCCGCGUGGGAGGCCGUGUAGCCACUGGUGGUGGGCUGCUGGUGGCCAAGGCGAGAAUCGGGACCGAGGCCUUCUGCACGGUUGCAGGCCGCGUGGGGGGCCGUGUAGCCACUGGUGGUGGGCUGCUGGUGGGCAAGGCGAGAAUCGGGACCGAGGCCUUCUGCACGGUUGCAGGCCGCGCCGUGUAG